AAGAAAGCAUCUUUAUUCCCAUUUGCAAAUUUUUUUGCAUACUUUACAUACAUACAUAUGCUCUUACCCAUGAAAAAAGAACCAGAAUAUAUUAUGAAGACGAGGUUGACUCAUGUUUUACUCCUACAGUUCAAAUAUAGAACGGUAUUAGUGCGAGGAAAGAGAUCGAAUAAGUCAGAGUUAGCAAAUCCACUUAUUUUUCUAAAUUCCAGCUGCCAAUUUUACUUUUAUUAUUAAGCUGCUUACUCGGUCGUGAACAUGUUCUGAAUAUUCUCCAGCAUAAAAAGCGUGAUAGGGCAACAAGGGACCAAAACCAUGGCCCUCACUUUACACUUGCACGUGAACACCGAGUGACUAAAGAUCUAUUCUUGUCGGGAAAGCAGAUAUCCACAUUUUUUGGUGGAGAGGUAUGUUCAGAUAUCCACCUUACUUAAGUACGAGUGGACUGGAUAUGUACGAGUUAUGAGGUGUGAUAUGAAACCUUUUUGAUCUCAUUUUCGUGCCCGGGCAUAAAAAAAUGUGAAAAGUGCUGAGAAACCGUACGUACAUACGUACCUGGCAAUAAAUUGAGGAUUUAUUGCUCAGAUGCUGUGAAUUGGGUGGAAUUAUUGCAAACUUUCUCCCACUCGGGAGGAAACUCGCAUACUGUGAGUGAUUGGAUUCAUGAAGGGGAAAAGAUCAACUGCAAAUUGGCUCCGGACAUUUCAACUUGUCACCUAUGUAAAGUUAUUACAAUACGAGAGCUGAUUGUGCCGGUCCUGAUCCUGAAUAUGUAAUUUGCUCGCCAUGAAAGUUUGAAAAGGGCUAAAAUUAGGUGCAAAGUGCCAAUUUGGGAUUUACUUUUACUUUCAGUUGGACACAUUGUGAAUUAAACUUGAAAUUCUAUAUUUAGAAUAGAAUUAGAUAUACCGGCAAAUUGAGCCGGUCUACAGUAAAAUGAUGCUAUUUUUGUAGGUGAGAUUUUCUAAUAUAGAAAUCCUAAGCCUACAUUUUCAUUGUCAAUUGUGACAAAGUUCAAGUAUUUAAUGGUGUGGCAUCUGCUCGAGAUUUAAGCAGAUUUAAGCAGAUCCUACAUAAAUGAAGUUAUUAUACCAGUAGAUUUAACAAACGGAAUGAUGAGAAGUAAGGUUGAGUCGUCCCAAACGUCUCAAUUUGCCUCUUUUUUACCUUCCACAACUCAUUUCGAGCUGCAUGAAAAAUAAUAAUGUUCCACAAUCAUAUCGUCAACUUCGUCUAUUCUUCCUGGAUCGACUAAACAGGCCAAACCCUAAAUCUUACCUUCUUGCACUCAUGGCAACUACUUUCACCUCAAAUCAAACAUCGUCGUCCAGCGGAGCCCAGCAAAAAAAAUCCAUCUGCACAUUCUCCCUUCAUAAAAAUCCAAUUUAAUCCAAUUCCAAUCCAGCAAAAAAAAUAGAAAACAUUCACCAAGUGUUUUACCCCUCUUCAUAUUCACUCGUAUCUUGAAAUGCUGGGGAAGAUUACAUGUCGUCUCGAGAAGCCUGCGGAACGAAAGAACAAAUCCGACUGGGAUCACUUCACUUGGAAUUUUGCCAACCUAGCCGAGCAGCAGAGGGAGGACACCCUUCGAGUGAGACAUGAAGGACGCACGGUUCGAAAUGAGGCUGGAAUUCAGGCGAGAUGGGACACGUAUCGAAACAAUAACCGGAUUCGGGACAGAGUCACGGAAAUUGACAAUUGGCGCGUCGCCUUAGAACAGACAGUCUCCACGAUUGAUAUGGAGCUCAAAAAGAUGGACCCUGCCAAGGAAGCGGUUGAACAAGCGAUCGAAGUCAAAGUGCUGGACUUGGACAUUGUCAACGAGAUCAUGAGCAUUCGAGAACAGCGGCGAGGGAACGAUUAUGUCAUGGAUGAGGCUCAACUUGAACUAACCAAGGAAACUUGCAUCAUAAAAGAUGCCAGAAAUCUCCUCGAGAAGAAAGGCCAAGAAGCCUGGCAUCAAAUCGCUCGUCUCCAAGAAGUUCGUCAACACAUUCUUCGCGACUUGUCGGAAAAAAUCCUUGCCUUGGACAUUGACCGCUACUUGCUCAACUUGAACGAAAGCUCGACCGAGAUCGCCUUCCGUCCAGAUCCACUCCGAAUUCCGAAGGGGAUGAUGACCCCACAAGCUUGGGAAGAACAGAGUCGAUACAACAAACUUCGAGCAGAUAAUGAGCUCGCUACUUCCGUCAAACUCCGAGAAAGCAUGUUACUCACGAUUGAUCAAACCUACAAUGAUAUCCGAUCACAGAGAGAAAUCACGGAUUUUGCGAUGCGGAAACGGCUCCAUGAAAUGAUCAAGACGGGUGAUGACUUGCAACAUCAGAGACAAAAGAUUUUGCAAGAAAUGUGCAAAGUAGAGCGAGAAAUCCGUGACUUGGAAGAUGCCCUUUUGGACAAGACGAACAAAAUGAAAUUGGCCGAGACUCGCCUGGAAUUCCGAACGUACCGCUUUGGCGUCGAGUUGACCCGAGAUGACGCCCAGUACGGCCUGAGCCAAGAAGUCCUUCAACUCCGCGCCGUUCUAAAAGCUCUCCAAGCCAAGAUUAAUGACGCCAAGAAGGCGUUGAACAUGCUGCAAGGAUUUUUGCAAACUUUGGAGAGUGAGAUUGAGAACAAGAGUGAGGCGAAGGUCAUUGAACAAAUGGCGUUGGACGUUCGAGGACGUGUCGCAGCCUCGGCGGAGACUCCACUUACCAAAACUGAGAGAAAUAUUGCUCUCUCGGCGACCGUUCCGGUGCCCGAGGAUCGGAGGAAGCAGAGCGGAGAGAUGGGUCGAGCAUGCUGAGUGAAACGUGUUCCUCAUAAUAAUAAUUAGAAAAUUCAUAAAAAUUCUCGGAAAUUAAUGACAAGAAGACAAGAAGAUUUAAUGUGCAAAUUAAUGUGGCAUCAAAUGAAAGGAUUAGUCGGAUGCAUGAUUGGAAUAGCAAAAUGUGAAUGUGGAAGUCUCUCAAUAAAUAUGGCGUUACUCAAUA